AUCAAAAUCAAGCUAAUAACAAAUUUUGAGAGCACUUAGAGGCACCCAAAUAGAAACUAAUUCUUGUGAACGUGUUUUUUCUUUCUGGGUCUUUGAAAUCUUUUCUAUUCCCUUUCUCAACUCUCAUAGAAAAAAUGUCUAAUAUUGUGAUUGUUUUCGACUUUGACAAAACCAUCAUUGAUUGUGAUAGUGAUAAUUGGGUUAUUGAUGAAUUGGGUUUCACCGAUUUGUUCAACCAGCUCCUUCCCACAAUGCCUUGGAACUCUCUCAUGGACAAGAUGAUGAUGGAACUUCAUUCAGAAGGUGUAACAAUUGAAGACAUUGAAAAGGUUCUUCAUAGGAUUCCAAUUCACAACAGAAUAAUACCAGCAAUUAAAUCAGCACAUGCUUUAGGCUGUGAUUUGAGAAUUGUUAGCGAUGCCAAUAUGUUUUUCAUUCAAACUAUUUUGAAGCAUUUGGAAAUAAGCCAAUAUUUCUCAGAGAUUAACACUAAUCCAGGUUAUGUUAAUCAAGAAGGAAGAUUAAGAAUUUUGCCUUAUCAUGAUUUCAACAAUGCUUCACAUGGUUGCACUCUCUGCCCUCCCAACAUGUGCAAGGGUAUUAUAGUAGAUAGAAUCCAAAGUUCAAUUUCUGUAUUAGAAAACAAGAGGUUUAUAUACCUUGGAGAUGGCGCUGGAGAUUAUUGUCCUACCUUAAGACUUAAAGAGAGAGAUUUCAUGAUGCCAAGGAAGAACUUUCCGGUGUGGGACUUGAUAUGCAAAGACCCUUCACUUAUUAAGGCUGAAAUUCAUGGUUGGUGUGAUGGAGAAGAGCUUGAACAAGUUUUGAUACAAUUGAUCAACAAAAUAACCAUAGAAGAAAAUGCUCAAUUCAUUUCAUCUGAUUGCAAGCUACAAAAUCUAUCAAUCUCUGUCCUCGAAUCAUUGCCUAAAGUUCUUCCAGUUCAACCUUAAAUUAUUAGCUUACUAGUAACUCUCAUUGCAAAUGUAUCAUUAGUAAUAGGUUUUUCUUUUGUCCUUUUGAUUAACUUCAAUCAACCUUUUCUUAUAUUGCCAAAUGCUGGAAUCAGUGUAAGAUGGAACUUUAUUCUAUCGAGUAAAAAUAUCAAUUAGCCCUUGACGAUGCUGAUAAAUAAGUAUGACCAAUUAGUUUAAAUAGUGAGAUUAGCAACAUAAUCCCCUCACACUAAAUCCCAACAUGAAAGGACCCAAUAUAUAUAUAUUUUACCAACUACAGAAUUACCUUUAUUUUCUUA